AUGUACGACGCCACCGAUGCCGACACUAGCAACUUCAUGGCCUACCUGCGGGUCUUCCUCACACAUCCCAUGUGGAGUCGUGAUCUCGGCCGUCUGCGGUACGUGCUGCAGAUGGCCGUGUCAGUCACGGUGGAGGGUCACGUCGACCCGAUAUGCUCGGGCCCGGCCCACGAGGAGUCCGUGGGAGACGUGUGGCCCCACCUGUCAUCACAGGAGGACCUUGGAAAGCUACAGUGCCGCGACUACCUCAAAGACAACUCCGGCCGUGAUCCGGCCAUGGGCGUGGUCACACAGUUGAACGCGUCAAAGGUGUUGGGAAACACGCUGUCGACGCUGGCCCAUCGGGUCAUCUUCAAGAAGCACCAUGGAGACUCCCUGAAGAAGAUCCGUCCGCUGGACUUUGACGAGGUCCAACUGCUCUUCACUGGGCAUGCCGCCUCUGAAACUCUACCAUGA